ACAUAGAUUUCGUAUAUAAUACGCGUUGAACUAUGAAGAGAUUAGUGUUUUACCGAACUUCAGUAAAGCUAGAUCAAGAGUUACGAAGUGAAAAAAGUAUCGAGACAAAAUGAAGACCGCUACACUUUGUCUUGUUGUUGCUGCAGUAUUCGUAUAUGUGAGCGCCAAGCCUCAGCAGCCACCCGCUGCACCAGCAGGACAGCAGGCGGCUGGACAGGCCGGACAGGCCGCAACGCAAGCCGGCCAAACAGCCGGUGGUGCUCUAUCUGGCGCGCCAGGUGCUGCCAACGGUGCUGCUUCUACUGCUAACGCCGCCGCUGGUGGUAAUCCUGCUGGUGCCGGUGCCCCUAGUGGUGUUCCUAGCGGUGCCCCUAACGGCGUCCCUAGCGGUGUUCCUAGCGGUGCCCCUGGUGGUGCUCCCAGCGGUGCCCCUAACGCUGCAUCUCCAGCUGGUGCUGGAGCCAACCCUGGUGCUAACCCUGCUGCUGCUGGAGGCGCAGCUAACCCAUCUUCAAACCCACAAAACUGUGACAAACAUCAUCGCCGAUGCCAUGAAGGAAGGAAAGACCAUCGUGGAUUUCUUCACACAAAGGUUCAUACCGGGUUUCCAGGGAUAAGGCAAUUCUUCCAACGAACAGUCCGCGUACAAUAAAUUCACAACUGAACAGGAUUUGCAACACUGAACGAUAAUGCAUUACCGACUGUAGUAUUCCCUAGGUUACGUAGAUUUUAGACAAUAAACAUUUCAAAACGCA